ACUAAGUCAAGACAGAGCUUUUCAAGGUUAUCGUGGAAUUUGCUGAAUGGCAAGAUCUUAACAGAAGAGCUCCUGUGAUGUGACAUAAAGUAUAAAUGUAAUAUUGAAAUGGAAAUUAUUGUUAUUGUUUCCUGUUGUUUUGGAGUUUAUUAGUGUAAAUGAUCUUAUGUUGUUCUUAGCUGUUAUCUUGAAAAAUCACAAUGAACGAAACAUUCUUCAAAUUCCUGAGUAAGGUUCCAUGGCAUCUCUUUUAAAAAGAUCUUCUGUAACGGCACUUUUUGUACGUAGUAAAUGAUCGGUGUAUGUUUCCUGGGUCAGUGAUUUCCUGUGGGCAGCAUGAAUAUAAGAGAACAUCAGCAUGUUAGAGUAAACCCCAUUCUGUGGCCAUUACGUGGAUCUGAAUCUAGGUUACUAAUUUUGAAUUACCAUAGCCUACAAGCCCCUGCCUUCUUCCCUGACAUCACCUCUUACCACCCAUCCUGCCAUUCACUCUGUUCAUCCACACUGACCUCUGGGGGACUCAGCCACCUUCUGGCUCUUCUGCCCAGACCACCCCCCCUUCCCCAGUCCGUGGCAUGGCUGCCCCCUCCCAGAUCAGAUCUCUGUUUACAUUCCUCUCCUCAGGCCUUCCCUGAACACCCCACCUUCUCUAUCACGUCCCCAUGUUUUCUCUUCUUCAGAGCAUUGAAUUCUCAGAAUAAAUCUUGUUUAUUCACUGACUUCUUGUUUUUCACUCCCCUUACCAGAGAAGCUCCAUAACAGCAGAAACUUUACUGUCUUGUGGAUUUUUGUUUUGCUUUAAAAUGUGUCUCUGUGCUUUAUUCUAAUUUAUAAUAAAAGGACAAAAAUUUAGAUGAAUGAUUUAAAAAGUAGGGGGGAUAGUGGGAUUGUAAUGUCUUUCAAAUUAUUUUUACUUCUGCGCAUGAGCUCAUCUCAUAAUUGAAUUCAAAACAUUACAUCACCUUAAUCUAUUGAUGUGACUUUUUCUGACCUCUGUGGAUGGCACAGUGAUGUUUCAGGGGAACUAUUUCAGAUUGUAAAAUUUUAAAUGUUAAUAAGUGUUUAUUUUUCUUCCAAUGAAAAAGUGAAAUUGUAAUUAGGUAUUCUCCAAGGACUUAUUUCAUCGUUGAGAAGCUUUUAAAAAUGUGCUUAUGUGCUGAAAAUUAGUUUUGCAACAGGGUUGUCCACAAUUUUUUAUUAUACAUAUCAAGUAUUUGAGAUUAUUUUAGAUUUGGAGGACACAUCUUGAGAUUGCAUCUAUAAGAAAAUGGACCAGUAGUGCCCAGUGAGAAAGAUGUAGAAAAACACUGGCACCCUCACUCUAUGAAUAAAAGUCAUGACAGCUUUUCUGAAAAGGGACUUGAAGGGAGAAGAUGGUGGUGGACAUCUUGGAAGCUAGGUUGGGUGAUGUGGUGAGGGGACAGAGUGUCCAAGUGGCUGAAUUUCCUUGCAGUUAAGGGAAAUCUUGCAGCCCAGGCCCUCUGGAUCAUCAGGGGCCUGGAACACCAUAUCCUCCUCCAUGCUUAAUACAGGUAAUAACCAGAGCCUCUUUCUUCCUUUGCGUCUGCCACAGUUGCCCUUGUGGAAGGUAAGUGACUGACUCAUAUGUUAAUGGCGGAGGGGCAAAGGUCUUCUUAUUGACAAGGAAAAAAAAUACAAUCUUGCCUCCUUUAUUAACAUUUAGAAUCAGUAUGUCCCAAAGAUCACUUCCUCUUAUGCUGUGCCUGGUUCUUUAAAAAAUUAAUUACAAGGGAACAGAGAGUUACAUUAGAACUGACUGGUAAUGCAUACUAUUCCUGUGGCUAUACCAUUUUAUUCUUUUAGCACAUGAUAAUUUUAAGCAGAGGAUCUAGUUGGAAACUUUUGGAGUUAAGUACAAGCUUUUUAAAUUUUCAUCAGGCUCCUAAAUUUCUGCAUAUAUUAAAUCAAUGGAAUUAUAAAAUUAUACAAUCCAUGAAGAGUCAUUUAGAUGCAUUACUAAUAACAACCUAUCUUUCAGGAGCUGUGAAGAAGCAAGAGUAACAGAAAAGCACUUUGGAGAGAGCAUUGUGGGCAGGAUUUUUUUUUUUUUUUUUUGAGAAGUAUAUUUAUUGAAAUAUAUUUUCUAGAAAUCAUUGCAAAACCUGUAAGUGAAAACUUACGGCAGUAGUUUGGGGAGGCAGGUUUUUCAUUGUAACGGGAUUAUGGCAAAGAUGCUUAGCGUUGCAAAACACUAGUUUAGCCUUUCUGCUGCGAAAGGGGGUGAACCUCAGUAAGUUCGCUCACAGGAGGUAUCAGCCUCUAUUUGAGCACUCUUCUUCUCAAAAUAAAAAUGUAUCUCUUGAGUAGUGCUUAAAGCUUGUUUCUGGGGCACACACUCUGGUAGCAUGAGAAGAAGUGUUCAGUGCUACAUUAACUGGAGUUAUUGCUAAUGCUGAAAUGAGCCUAAGGCAAAGGCAGUUGAAAGUUUUAAGGAUGUGAAGUUCACAGGUUUUCCACUUUUCUGCCUAUAGCUUCUUGUUUUUAUUUUUGGUUUUUUAUUUUUUGGUCUUAUCACGUAUUGCUUAUCUCAUUAUUCAACAAGCGUCUUUGUCAGUCAGUUAUCAUCACACUCACUCCCAUCUCAGAGGCCUGUGUGACCUAGAUAACCACUUGGCUCUUUUCCUUCAGCUCCUUCAGGUCUCUUUUAUACAUGUCACCUUUAUAAUCAGAUCUUUCUUGGACACCUUUCUAAAACUUCAAUCCCAGCCCCCACCCUGCACUUAGGAUCUUGCAUAUCUUACCUGUGGUUGCUGGCCUCCAAGAUGGCCCUAAUGAUUCUUGCCUUCUGGUGUUCAUACUCUUUACUGAAUAGGGCUGACCUGUGUCCUGUGUAACCAAUAGGAUACCGUGGGAAUAAUGGAGAGUGACUCCCAAGGCUGGAUUGCAAAAGACAUCGCACUUCCUCCUUGUUCUCAUUUGAAUCACUGGCGCUUAGGGAGGCCACCUGCCAUGUCGUAAGGACCCUCGAGCUGCCCUGUGGAGAAGUCCACACGACUGCCCUUCAUCCACCUGGGUUCAGUUCCAAGAGAGUUGUUACAUUUUUCUUCAAGAAGCCAUCAAAGUAGAAAGCAUAGAGGAUGUCAGAAAUCAGUGUACUGACCAUGGAGCUGACAUGAUAAGCAUACAUAAUGAGGAAGAAAAUGCUUUUAUACUGGAUACUUUGAAAAAGCAAUGGAAAGGCCCAGAUGAUAUCCUAUUAGGCAUGUUUUUUGACACAGAUGAUGCCAGUUUCAAGUGGUUUGAUAAGUCAAAUAUGACAUUUGUUAAGUGGUCAGACCGAGAAGAUGGCGAGGAUCUGGUUGACACCUGUGCCUUUUUGCACACCAAGACAGGUGAUUGGAAGAAAGGAAAUUGUGAAGUUUCUUCUGUGGAAGGAACCCUUUGUAAAGCAGCUAUCCCAUAUGAAAAGAAAUAUUUAUCAGAUAACCACAUUUUAAUAUCAGCUUUGGUGAUUGCCAGUACAGUAAUUUUGACAGUUUUGGGAGCAGUCGUUUGGUUCCUGUACAAAAGAAGUUUGGAUUCUGGUUUCACCACAGUUUUUUCAGCUGCACCCCAAUCACCUUAUAAUGACGAUUGUGUUUUAGUAGUUGCAGAGGAAAAUGAAUAUGAUGUUCAAUUUGACUGAGAUUUUGGAAAUCUCAGAUUAAGACACCAAAUACCUUGACAGUGAUUCUUAUGCAAGAUUUCAAUAUAGAACGUGACAAUGAAAAUCAGUUUUCAUAUUACCUUAUUCUACUAACAUUCACUAUUCUCAUGUAAUCAUUCAUUGUGAUAAAAAAUAAUCUUUAGGAUCAUUAUAAGAACAAAGUUUUUUAAAAGGAAUAAUCUUAAAUAUAAUUUAAUGGUUUUAACCACCUCCCCAAAUGCACCUUUCACUUGAAAAAAGUUUAAAGCCCAAGUAUUAAUAGCAAAUCAGGUAAAAAUAAAAAGCCAGGCUCCUUGUCUUACCUCCUCUAUCUUCCCUCCCACGGAGUUCAACCACCUUAGUUAUAGCUGAAUUAAAAAAAAAAAAAUCUACUUACCACUAUGGUUUUAACAAUCAAUACAUCUUUAACAAUUUCUAUGGUCUUUCUCCUUUAUCAAUAUGGAGAAUAAUACUGACCUUAAAAUAUUUCUCUACAUUUAGAUAUCAAUCUUCCUUUGUGAUGUAGAAAAUUUUACAGAUUUUAACACCCCAUAUGCCACAUAAUUAUACAAUUUCAGUACUUUUAGAACACUGUUUUGGACCACAAACAGUAUUUAGCACUGAUCACAAAUGGUCAGAGUUUUGUAAGAUUUAAUAAAGUUUGUGAAACCAAAAGAAUUACACCCAUACCAGGAAGGUGUGGAGGAGGCUGACACCGUGGGUAACUCUUGGAUCAUAGUGCCCUUCAAGGAUUUUUUUCCUACCACCAUAUCUGUUCCUAUAUAUCUCAUGCUUCCCAAACUUUGAAGUUUAUCAUUCAAUGACAUGAAAACUGUGUAAGCAAUAACUGCAGAGAAAAACUACAUACUACUGUAGUGAUGGUGUUUAGUUUUCAAUAUGUGUACUGUAUAUUUUAAGACAAUGGUGAAAUAAUCAUUUGGGGGAUAAAAAAUGAAAACAGAAAAAAGCUGAAACAAGAAUGGUUUCUUUAGCAACUUUUACGACUUAAAAACACAGUAUUAGAAAAUUCUUCACAUAAAAUUGUAUUCACUAUAUGUAGAAACUUGAAAGUACAAAGAAAGUAAUCUCUCUUCCUAACACAUACCCCAUCAGUCAUCUUACGGGAACACUUUUCAUAUGGAGAGAGACACUGUCUCUCAAGCUUGACCAGUGGCAACAAAGUUCUAGCUUGCGCCAUCUGUUCCUACUGGCCACCAUUAAUGGCAGUUUUCUUAAUGGGAUGAAUAACUACAAAGUGAUGACAAUGUGACUGUGGUACUAAAGAACAAAUUUUAUACUAAGUGUUAUUACACAAUUAUACUCUGUAAAAGCUUUGAGAUUUUGUGCAUUGAUCGAGAUGUCUAUUUUAUUGUGGAUAGAGUAUUAAUAGUGCUACUAAUUGUGAACAUUAGACUGGAAUUACUUCCUGCUUUUCUGACUCAAAUUCUACCAAUCCUUUAAGAACUAAGACCAGCCUUCUGUUCCUUAAAACUUUCUAUCACAAAUCUUUACAAUAUUUAAUACAGUAGCCACUACCCACACGUGGCUAUUUCACUUCCUCAGUUGCACUAGCCAUAUUUCAGAUGCUCAAAUCACUUGCAUAUUGCACAAUGCAAAUUAUAGAACAUUUCUAAUGUCACAGAAAGUUUCACUGGACAAUGCUGCUCUAGAGUCUCCCACUUCUAUAUAACUAAGUUUCUUCAGUUCAUUUCAGUAAAUUCUACCUAAUGACAGACAGCUCUACCAAAAUGGCUGUUUUAACUUACAUAAUUUCCCAUGUUUAAUUUCAUUUUCAAAAAAGUCCAUAAAGGUGCCGGUAAUGCAGUGCUAAAUCUUAGUCCUAUUUAUAUACCGGAACAUCUGUAACAAGCCCUUGUCAACAUGUGGUCAACAGAUAACUGGAUCAUUCAAGUCUGUAUUUAUUUUUAAUAUUAACAAUAACAUAAGCAUGCCUGUUUACAUUCAGAAUGUAUAAACUGCUUUUCUUCAAACAUCUUGGUUCUACAAUUUAAUUCUUAUGUUUGGCAGCUAUUAUUACUAACAUUACUUUUAGCUACCAUUUAAUUUUAACUACAUUUUAUUAGGAAUUUGCAUUCUUAAAAUCUUGGGAAUUUGAGUAGUGUACGGUCUCUAUUUUGUUCAGAAUUUAAAAGUAAUAACCAAUGAAAGACUUUUCUUAUUCCUUCUAAUUCACAUUUACAGGAUAUCAGAAGCUAAUACAACAUUGAAAUACUAAGUGCUACUAAGGAACUACGAGAAUACUAUAAAGCUCAAGCCACUGUGUGCAUCUCUGUCAUUUAGCAGUUAAUACAGCAAAACUAUAAAAUGUAUGCACACCAAUGGAAUGUUUUCUACCAUUUACUUAAAAAUUGUAAAUAAAAAAUUUUGUGGGUUAAGAAGGCACUACAUUUUCAUACUGAGUACUAUUAAAAGCAUAAUUGUUUCAAAUUCAAAGCAUCCCUUAAAGACCCAUAGAAUAGAUAUUGAUACUGGCACCCUUAAAUUUUGCAUAUCCGCUUUAAGGAAGGCAAUGCACAAGGUAACAGGCAGAAGUUAAGCAAAUGUUUUAGAAAAUUAUAUUUCAUAUAAAAUGGGAUUUGA